AUGGCCCCGAUGCACAACUUCUUCCGCGCUGCGCGCCCCGUCUUCCGCAACACCUUCUUCACCUCCAACGCCGCCCGCAAUGGCGGCAAGCGUUUCCAGAGCACAGCGAGUUCGGAGCAGGCGCAAGAGUCCUUCUUCAAGCGCAUGUGGAACAGCCCCGUUGGCUUCAAGACGGUGCACUUCUGGGCUCCUGUCAUGAAAUGGGGUCUCGUCCUCGCAGGUAUCUCCGACUUUGCGCGCCCGGCCGAGAAGCUCUCGCUCACCCAGAACGGCGCCCUGACUGCCACCGGUCUCAUCUGGACCCGCUGGUGCUUGAUCAUCAAGCCCAAGAACUACCUUCUCGCCGCCGUCAACUUCUUCCUCGGCAUCGUCGGUAUCGUCCAAGUCUCCCGCAUCCUCCUCUGGCAACAAUCCCAAAAGAACAAGACCCUCCCCGCCGCUGCUGAGGAGGUGAAGGAGAACGUGAAGGAGGAGGUCAAGAAGGUUGUCAAGGCCUAA